AUGAAUACUCUAUCAGUAUGUCAAUACGAGAAUUGUGGAAGCAGAUUCGAGACGCAUUUUGAUCAAAUAGCUCACUUUGAAAUUAAUCACUAUGGUAAUAUAAUUUUAAAAACUAUUUUUAUUGUUGUAUUGCUUUAAAAAGUUUUGUGAGUAUUUUAACUAUAAUUUUCUUUAUUUUUAGCUGAUGCCAAGAAUAAGGUAAUGACGGAAUUGAACAGUUUACAAGCUGUACUUGAGAUGGUUAAAGAUGAAGAUGAAAGAAUUGCUGCCAAUGAGAAAAUGAAUGCGUUUUAUGGCCAAGCUAUUCAAAUGAGUUUGUUAAGGAAGUAAGUUAGUUGUUUUUAUUUGUUUCUGCUUUUAGGAAUGGCAGAAAAGCUUGGAGUUUAUCAAAUUAUGUUACACUAGGUAUCAACGUGUUUAGCUUAUAAUCUUUGCUGUACCUUUUGUGAAAAAACAGAUAGAGACUUGAAAAUUUGUACGAAACGUAGAUAAUUUGUUUCUUCAGUUUAUUUAGGAUACGAAAGUCUUAAAUUUUGUGUUGUUUUGAAGUUAUUUAACUUCAAUGAAGGUGUAUAUUAUCUAUAAUUUUUUGAGUUCUUUAAAAAUUAAACUGAUGUUAUUUUUAUGUUGAGUUAGAUGUAAAAUACGGUAUUUUAAUAUUUCUAUUUUAUAAUUAAAAAUUUUACAGACUACAACCAUUUAACGAUAACUACAUACCAAGACAUGAAGUUGAUAAAAUACCGAUCAAAUUGAACUUUUGUAAUUACAAAAAGCGGCCGCCAAGUGCUGUGCAAGCUCCAGCCAGUUCACAAAAACGUCAAUCUGUGCCGAACAAGCGACUCACUGAUUUUGGGGUUGAAGCUGGAACUAAAGUUGAAAAUGCUACUGGGUAUGAUCGUGGCUUAUAUUUUGGUUUUAGAUGGUUUUGCUUGGAUUUUAAGACGAAUUUUAAAUGUUUGGUAGCUUCUUAAUGGUUUUUAAUGUUUGAAACUUUUGUGUUGACUUGAUACAUUGUUUUAGAGAAGAAAGAAAGUACAAAUGCACGAUGGAAGGCUGUAAUAGAGCAUAUAAGAACAGUAAUGGACUUCGGUAAGUUUUCAAAUGACUAUUUGUUAAAAACGGCAAGAAAUUUUUUUAAAAAUUAAAAAAUUGCAAGAACUUUCUUUACAAAUAAAAAAUGGACAAGAACUUUCUUUACAAACUAAAAAUAUUUUUUUUUGCAAAUUUAACUAAAAUUAAUAUCUUAAAUUCCAGAAGUCACUUAAAAAGUGUUCACAACGUCCAAAACCCUCAAGUUAGAGCUCAUUCCCCAGCCAUGAAACCAGAACCACCAUUACCUACAUCAACACCACAAAAGUUCAUUCAGCCAAUUGAGCCGAAGUCUGAAGAGAAAGUGCAACCUCAAUUCAGAGGUGGAUCAAGAAUGACACCGAAUGAGGAGAAUAUCUUGAGUCGUGUUCAAAUAUUGAACGAGCCCUCUGCUGACAGUCCAGUGCCUUCGCCAGCGCCGAAGAAGGAGAAGAAAACCGAGAAGAACUAUGCUUGUGACAUGUGCACCAAAAGCUACAAAACCGCUUCCAAUUUGAGAAAACAUAUGGCUGAUCAACAUGGAAAAACGGCGCAGAAUCCGGCGAUAGGUGGGUUGAUGGAUUGAUAAAGUUUUGUCGUGGAAGGGGGGGGGGGUGGAGAGGUGAUAAGGGAGGGAGGGGGAGGGGGGCAGUGGAUACUGAGGCAGGGGGCUAUAUUUCACUUAUUUUAGACCACCGCCAACCACAAAGGGUCAACUACACGUUAGGCCAACCGGUUCAAAAUGCUAUGCCUGGAACCAUGGCGAACGCUACUCAAAAUAUGGCGGUAAGUCUGAUAAAGUUUAGGGUGUGGCAGGGCAAGGAAUGGCUAGGUAAGGUAGAAAAAGGCAGGUUAGAGUAGCUUAUGGUACGAUAAGGAAGGAUAGGAUAGUAUAAGGUAUGAUAGUUUAUGGUACAGUAGGGUCGGGUAGGGUAGGAUACGAUAAGGUAGGGUAAUGUUACUAUGGCAUGGUUUGAACAGAACAGGGAAAGACGUAUCUAAAAUGAAAAUAUGGGUUUGUAAGACUAUUAUGGUUAUAGGUACAUUCACCACGACCUCAAGUUGUUCAACAAAGGCUACCACAGUCACCGUUGACUCAAGGGCAUCAGGUGGGGUUGAAUAACAAUAUCAAACAUUUUUAUAUGACAUUAAAAAAAAUUUAUGACAUUUUUAAUUUUUUUAAUUAAAAAAAAAUUAAUUUCAGUCUCCCCGAAACGUACAACAAGUCCUCCAUUCACCCCAGCCAGCCACCCCUCAACGUACCUACUCCCCAGUAACUCCAAGGUACGAAGGUCAACAACAAUACGUACAACAAAUACAAUACACAAGCACCUCUUCACCCCAACCCUCGUCGAAUCAAUACGAAGAACAGUACAGUAGUCCGGGCGGGGUUACGGUAGUCAUGUCGGAGGAUCAACGAAAUGGCCCAAGAAAUUAUAGUCCACAGUAUGAUAGAUACACUACCCAGCCGAUACGAAGGUUGUCCGGACAGAAGGUUCAACAGACUCAUGUAGGUUAAGGCGGAAAAAAAGUUGUUGCCAUUUUUUUGUUUGGAAAGAAAGUUUUUUAGGUUGGAAAGAAAGUUCUUGCCAUUUUUUGUUUUGUAAACAAAGUUGCUACUAUUUUCAGCCGUACUACAACCCAAAACAAUCCCGACCCACCUAUCAACAAGGACACCAAAUGGAGUACGUUCGCACUGCCCCAGUACCACCCUCAACAGGACCAAUCCGCGGCUCUCAAUUGGGCUCGAGCUCGGCCCAACCUCAAACCAACUACACUCAACAACCUCACUACGGCCAACGAACCAUGAUGAACAACUACGAAGCAAGGCCGGUCAGAAGAACCCCCCAACAAACAGCCUCAGGCAAUUUGUCGGCCCAACUGGCACCAUUGAAUGUGGGGCAGAGCCAGGAUAGUCCACCUCAAGUUCAGAUGGCGAAAGUUCAGCCCGGGCUUUGUGAGUUCAUUUUGAAUUUUAAAAUUUAAAAAAUUGUUUAGAAUUUGGCAUUUUGUGAGCUGGAAACAAAGUUCUUGCUAUUUUUUGAUUUGUAAAGAAAGUUUUUGUCAUUUUAAGUUUUGUAAAGAAAGUUCUUUCCAGUUUUUGUUUUGUAAAGAAAGUUCUUGCAGUUCUAAGCUUUGUAAAGAAAAUUUUUGCUAGUUUUUGUUUUGUAAAGUAAUUUCUUGCAAUUUUUUAACCCUAUCUUGUUCUAGACACCGGCCCAAGAACCAACAUGCCUCACCGCCAAAUCGCUCAUCAGCCAGUAGCGGGCAGCUCGAUCCGAGCCAGAUUCGACCCAAGCCGAACUCAACCAACCUCACAACACUUUUAUCAGUCUCCACCGGGCCAACAGCGGUACAUACAGCCUCGUGAGUUGAAUUUGAAAUUUUUUGGGAAUUUAAAAAUUUUUUUGGAAAAAAAGUUGAGCUUAGUCCUCCCUGUAGGUGUUUUUCUAAAAAAAAAAUUUUUUUGAAAUUAAAAUUUUGAAACAAAUUGAAAGAAAUGAUAGAGGAGGUUUUAAAAAUGUUGAUUUUAUUUUGAAAAAAAAAUUGAAACAAAAAAAAUUUGAAAAAAAAUUGAACUUGGUCCCCCCUGUGGAUUUUUUGAAUUUUUUUUUGAAAUUGGGUAUUUUUGAAAAUUUCUAAAUUUGAUGAAAACGAGCUUAGUAAUAAGAUGAAUGUUCCAGAAUUUUCGCAAAGAGUGAUUCGUGUAGCAUCAACGCCUCAAAACUACACCUCGCCUCCACAGCCGUCGCAGGAGAAUAACAAUUGA